GCAGACAUGCGGAAUCUUCAAACGACGUUAAUAUUCCUACAAAUCAUCUCGCUAUCUCUCUGUGGUUGGUUACCAGUGAAACGUGAGGUGGAAAUAGAGUGGGAUUCUGAGUCGAAACCUUUAGAAAUUAAAACUAAUAGUGUGCUGGGGAGUGGCGAUAAGGUGUUUGUGUUCUUCUACUCAGCUGAGGGACCGCUUUCAGGAGGAGUCGUCCUCUACUUCAGCUCUACUCCACAAUACUGGAUCCCCUACUGCAGCUCAACCUCCACUAACUUCCCUGUUAAACCCCCCUCUACUAUUAACAAGGUGUGGAGUAUCACUCUAACCAGAACUGCAGGUGUUAGACUAGUGAUACACUGUAACGAGGUAGAGGUGCUCAACAUACUGAUCUCUCAAGCAACGUGUAGUAGCAGUGGCUGGAGCACGUACUGGACCGGAUACGUGGCAAAGAUACAGUUCCAUUCCUCCGACACAGCAUCUGAUUACUACAUACCACAACCAGAGCCGUGUGGAGAAGGAACAUAUCGGAAUGAUGCUAUGACAAGCUGUGAGACAUGUGACGCUGGAUCGACACCAAACUCUGAUAAAACAGCUUGUGAGCCAUGUCCAGCUGGAAGCUACAAGAACAUUGAGAUGAACACAUGUGAAGAAUGUCCUGAUAACACGAUCAGUUCAGAAGGAGCAGCCUUGUGUACAGCUUGUGAACUUGGCCAGGAACGAAACUCAGCGAGAACAACAUGUGAGCCGUGUGGAGAAAAAACAUAUCGGAAUGAUGAUAUGACAAGCUGUGAGACAUGUGACGCUGGAUUGACACCAAACUCUGACAAAACAGCCUGUGAGCCAUGUCCAGCUGGAAGCUACAAGAACAUUGAGAUGAACACAUGUAAAGAAUGUCCUGAUAACACGAUCAGUUCAGAAGGAGCAGCCUUGUGUACAACUUGUGAACUUGGCCAGGAACGAAACUCAGCGAGAACAACAUGUGAGCCGUGUGGGGAAGGAACAUAUCGGAAUGAUGCUAUGACAAGCUGUGAGACAUGUGACGCUGGAUGGAAACCAAACACUUACAAAACUGCCUGUGUGAGCUGUACGGGACUGAAGGCUGAGUGGAGAACUGCGAUCAGAACAACAACACAGUUCCCAGUAGUCCCAGGAACCGUGGUGGAAGUGAAUUGUGUUGAAUCCAGAGCUCUCAAUAAAGGGAGCAGCGAGGUGACCUGCACCUCAGGAACGGAAUUUAUUUUCGAUUUUAAUGAACCCGAGUGUAUAAAUACAGGUAUUGUAGAAGCGGAUAUGCUAAAUGACCAUAGCAUCACUACAAAAGGAUAACUAAACUCUUCAUACAACCAGGGUAGUAUCAGCAUAACCGACGAAAGGGGGUAAAAUAAUGUCGUAAGGGGGAGAGUUGGUUAAUGGUUAUAUUACUAUAGAAAACUGAUUUAAUUUAAUCUUACAGUUGAUGGGCUAUGACAAAUGGCUCAGAUGAUACUGCAAUCUAACUUAGAUAUCCAAAUAAGAAAAUGUAUGUUUGAGUUUUCCGGGUGGAAAAGUAUGACAGCAGAAACCCAGUACCCACAAGUCCCCAGAAAAGUUAUCGAGGUAACCUGCUCUGAGAUCUCAACACAACAGCAUUUGACAAAGCAAAAUAAAAUGUAAAAUCAAUUUAAAUUCAAAAAUUUAACAAAGAAUGCAUUUUCAUUAUAACACAGUAAAACGCUUUGUUUCAUAAAUAUAUUAAAUUUAAACUAAAACACUGAGAGAGAUGUACGUAGAAUCCAGCUCAAUGUUACAACAUAAACCAUUGAUGAUAUAGUUUAUCAAAUAUUAGAAACUAACCGCGAAUCCGGUGAUUUCCAUUUCAAAUGACAAAACCAGAAUAUCUUAAUAAGGUCUAAUGAUAAUCUAUUCCUAUCUCAAGUUAUUAAUUAACAACCCCAGGAACAAAGACGAUGAUGUAUAAAGUCUAUACGAAUGUCGACAGAAUAGAGAUGAACAGGAAGAAAGGGAGAGAAUAUCAGCUCCAAUUAAUUUAUGAGAAUUCAAGAAUACAGAUUACAGAAACGAGCUUCAUGGCAUUGAUAAGUGAUGAAUACCUUGAAAAAGACACAUAUAACUCCAUCACUACCCUUACUCAGUAGGAACGAACCAUUCAACUAAAAAGACAAAAUGUGAAUCCUUUGUUGACCAUUUUAUGAGCUGUGAGCAGUAAGUGCAAGAAGCGGAGGAUUACUCUAUUCGUCGAAAUCUUUCAAAAAACUGCUCAAUCAAUGUCCAAAAAAUUUUAACAUUAUUAGGCUUAUAUUAAUACUUCUCAUACAAAGUUACAACAAAGUCUUCAUGUUGUGUAUCCUGAGUUUGAACAGGAUAAUAUUACCCGCUUAAAAUAUUUCCAUCGCGUUACAUAAUACUCAAUAAAUGUAAUAGAUUUGUAGUGUUGUAAUUAGUUUUGAACUGCUGAAGUUUAUCCAGCCCUAAUAUAUAACAACCUUAGAAAAGCAAACUUAUUUGCCUUCGUUUUUAUUUUUUAAACCUACUUUCAGCUUUUAUCAGCAGCUACAAUUACGGUACGUACCUAUACUUAAUACGUAGAAUCUAGUUAAUUGUAAUUUGUAAUAACAUACACCAUUGAUAGCUUGGUGAUAUUGUCUAGCAAAUAUUAGAAACUGACUGGAAAUCCGGUGCUUUCCAUUUCAAAUGGCAAAAGCGAGAAGAUCUUUAUAUCGUCAAUUAAUGAUAAUUUACUUUUAUUUUAAGUUAUUAAUAACCAACUCCAGGAACGAAGACGAAGCUGUAUAAAGACUAUACGAAUGUUCAACAGGAAGAAAAAGAGGAUAUCAGCUUCAACCAAUUAAUGAGAAUUGAAGAAUACAGAUUACAGAAACGAGCUUCGUGGCAUUGAUAAGUGAUGAAUACCCUGAAAAAGACACAAAACUCCAUCACUACCCUUACUCAGUAGGAACGAACCUUUCAACUGAUAAAAAAAUGUGAACCCUUUGUAAACCUUUUUAGGCAGCUGUGAAUAAAUCUAGGAACGAGCCUCAUGAUAUAGGAAUAAAGAUCACGAGAAAAGACACAGACCUCCGCCACUGUGAGAUACUGCUGUAACCAGACAUUUCAAGCUAUCUUAAUGGGCAAUUUCACUAGUAUCAACCUACCACUGAAGAUGACCUUUACUCAGCAGGAACGAACCUUUCAACUGAUAAAAAAUAUGAACCCUUUCUAAACCUUGUUAGGCAGCUGUGAAUAAAUCUAGGAACGAGCCUCAUGAUAUAGAAAUGAAGAUCACGAGAAAAGACACAGACCUCCGCCACUCUGAGAUACUGCUGUAACCAGACAUUUCAAGCUAUCUUAAUGGAAAAUUUCACUAGUAUCAACCUACCACUGAAAAUGGUAAACAUUGUACACCGUACCGAACAGCAGAACCGGUGUCCCUUUUGACAUUUUAAGAAAUGCAACCGAUUGAUAAAUGGAAUCGGAUUUUUUUGAGAGAUAACUUUAAAUCAUUUUGAACGUUUUUAUAAAUCGGCAUUCACCGAGAAAUUUAGAGAUUUAUUUUGAAAUUUAAAAUAUAAAUGUUGUGUGGAGUGUGAUUAUUUUCUUUAAUGUGUAUAUUAUUAUUGAUAUUAUUAUUUAAGGUGUAUAUUUUUAACUGAUGUUUUUUAAAAUAAGAAAUUUAAAUAAAUUUUAUUUUACAAUUUACAUUACUUUUUUAAAGUACUAAUUUAAAACCACAUAGUUGUAUUA